AUGUUCCCAUUAUCAUGGAUAAUGGUACCGGCUACAGCAAGCUUGGGUAUGUGGAACACAAACACAAUUAAGACCGCGCGACUCUGGAUGCAGCAAACCUAUGCCGGUAACGAUUCCCCUUCUUAUGUCUUUCCCACCGUGAUUGCUACUCGGUCCACCGGACCUACGGCUUCGGGAAGACCAGCGGCUUCCAGCAAGCCCUCUUUUCUUGCUUCAAAGUCGGGUGGACACUUGUCGAGCAAGCGCGGAACGGAGGAUCUUGAUUUCUUUAUUGGAACUGAAGCUUUGGGAAAGGCUACUGCCGGAUACUCGUUGGAUUAUCCCAUUCGUCAUGGUCAAAUCGAGAACUGGGAUCACAUGGAACGGUAUUGGCAGCAAUCACUUUUUAAGUACCUUCGUUGUGAGCCAGAAGAUCACUAUUUUCUCCUGACCGAACCUCCUAUGAACCCUCCAGAGAACAGAGAAACGACUGCCGAAAUUAUGUUUGAGUCUUUCAAUUGUGCCGGUCUCUACAUCGCCGUUCAAGCUGUUUUGGCAUUGGCUGCCUCUUGGACAUCUUCGAAGGUUGCCGAUCGUUCUCUGACUGGUACGGUCAUUGAUUCGGGUGACGGUGUUACUCACAUUAUCCCUGUGGUCGAAGGAUAUGUCAUCGGCUCCUCUAUCAAGACGAUGCCCAUCGCCGGUAGGGAUAUUACUUACUUUGUGCAGUCGCUGCUCCGUGAUCGUAAUGAGCCCGACUCAAGUUUGAAAACCGCCGAACGCAUCAAGGAAGAGAUGUGUUAUGUUUGUCCCGACAUUGUAAAAGAGUUCUCUCGCUACGAUCAGGAGCCUGAACGUUACUUAAAAUACACUUCCACUUCGUUAACCGGACACGAGACGACCAUCGAUGUUGGUUUCGAACGUUUCCUUGCUCCUGAAAUCUUCUUCAACCCGGAGAUUUCUUCUUCUGAUUUCUUGACUCCUCUGCCCGAACUCGUCGACACGGUGGUGCAAAACUCGCCUAUUGACGUUCGACGUGGUUUGUACAAAAAUAUUGUUUUGUCUGGAGGCAGCACCUUGUUCAAAGAUUUUGGUCGCCGUCUCCAGCGUGACAUCAAGCAUCUCGUCGAUGCUCGUAUUCACCGCAGUGAACUUUUAUCAGGUGCCAAGAGCGGUGGUGUCGAGGUGAAUGUUAUUUCGCACAAGAGACAGCGUAACGCUGUUUGGUUUGGUGGCAGUUUGUUGGCACAAACGCCCGAAUUUUCUUCUUAUUGUCACACGAAAGCUGAUUACGAGGAGUAUGGCGCUUCCAUCGCCCGUAGAUACCAAAUCUUUGGAAAUUCUAUUUAA